CCGGCUUGUCUUCGGCUCGUCAUCGGCUCGCUGUUGACGCGAAGUCACGUCGCCGCUUUCUCCGAACCCUUUCGCUCAGGCGCCUGCUUCACGCAGUCGGCCGCAACACCUCUUCUUCUACCCAUUUCCCGACAUUUCCCUGCCUCCACCUGCACCUGCUCCCCUCCGCACCGCCGCUCGGAAGCCUCCUCGCCGGUCGAUCCUCUCCCAGUCCCAGAGCGACGUGACGCCGUUCGGUCCAACCAAAACACCACCGACAUGGCAUCGCCACGGCGGCGCGCACAGAAACAACCUCUCUCGUCCUCUCACCACCUCGCAGCGUCAUUCGGUGCCGGUCCGGUUGUCGUCAAGGCCCGUGAACAUCCGCUUCUCACCAGAGCGCCUGGUCCGGCUGUGAUAGACCAAUCCUCGGGAGAGCCAAUCACGAGUGGGCCAAGUGGAGAAGCGCUCCGGCGUGCAGAGAGGCACGUGCGCGCCAGCCGACCAAUCGGAACGAGGCGCACGGCGAGGCUGGAGCGACCGCGUAGGGAAUGCACCUCGAGGCCUGCCGGUCGAAUGGCCGUGAUGAGGCAACGGCCGACAUGUCGCCUUCUCAGCUUCUCUUGCCUUCAUAAACUCGCGCCGACCGGGCUCAGCACAGGUCCGGCCGGGAUGCCGCUUGCCCGAGACUCGACGCCGCCCCUCCUCCUGUUGUUGUUGUUGUUGUUGUUGCUGACCUGCCAUCGGGGCGUCUCGGCCAGAUGGGGCCACUACAACGAGUUGGCGGACGACGAGGAUGUACAGCUGCUGGGCGUCGACAGGCUGGGUAAGUGGUGCUCUUUACUGUGUUGGCCACGAGAGGCGCCGACCGCGAGUCAGGCGGGCGUGAAUGUACCUGCUGCCGCAGCGAUCGAGGCCAAACGAGCGCAGAGUUGUGAUGCAGGACGGAUUGACGCAUCGAUGCACAAACAAGUCGACGGAAACCGGGAGCCUGUAGAGGCACAGACUAGCCUACAAAUGGAUGGCUAG